UCCCCUGCCUCUACAGCAUCAGCACCUCCAAACCGAACACGGCGACCCGCUGCUGGAAGAGGAUGCUCUCCGGAUGCUCGAGGAAACGUAACAACGCGACGGCAAACCGAGAGACUGACGGUACCGUCAUUUUUCUGCUCUAUCCUGCCUCGCUGCCUCCAUUCAUGAUGCACCAUUCAUGCAUCCCCAAGAAUGGAAGCACGUCGAGAGGAAAACAUUAAAUUAGCCCGUUACAGCCCCGCUGCCAAGGCUUUGCAAGACACAAUCUCGCUCGUUUGAAGACGCUCCUUUUCAUGUAGGUCAAAGUGAUGAGGACCCCGAUUUUGUCUUUUGAGGGCGCCGCGCGGAUGCAGGGCUAAUAUACAGGAAAGCCAGGCAAACAAAAGGCAUCCAGCCCCCCUCCUCUGACGCACCUGGCUGCCCUGUCGCCACUUGACAUGACAGCGCAGAGCCGGGAGCAGAGCAGCAGGAUCAAGGGGCACCGACGUGCAGCCGGACGUGCGGACUCGACUAGGAACAGAGGAGCCUGCGGACGCUCGGCGGAGAAGCAGCAACAGCCCAGGGGAGGCCGGAUUGCAGUUUCUGGGGACGAGCGCCAAGGGCAGUGCGGCAGUCAGCAGGCAGACCGGGGGGAGGAGGCUGCGGAGAUCUGUGAUACUUCCCCCCAAUUGAAAGAUUAGAUCUGCUCUUCAGGCAAGGGUGGAACCCUGAGGGGACUGAUGUGCAUACUGGCCAGGUAUCAUUUGAACCCUUCUUCUUCUGUGGUUUUGCUCAUUUUGCUUGCCGCCUGCACUAUGGGCUGUAUUCAGAGCAUCGCAUGCAAGCCCCGCAUCAGGCGGGAGAACAUUGUGGUGUAUGAGGUGUCUGCCUCUAUUGACCAGUGUCCCACCAUCAUUGAGGAGAACUCGCCGAUUGUGCUCCGUUACAAGACGCCUUACUUCAGGGCCUCGGCAGGAGUCGUGAUGCCACCAGUGCCCCGCAAUGAAACCUGGGUGGUGGGCUGGAUCCAAGCUUGUACGCAGAUGGAGUUCUACAACACCUAUGGUGAUAUUGGCAUGUCCAGCUGGGAGUUGCCAGAACUGCGAGAGGGUCGGGUCAAGGCCAUCAGCGACUCAGAUGGCGUCAGCUACCCCUGGUACGGCAACACCACAGAGACGGUCACGCUGACCGGCCCCACGUCCAAACCGUCCCGACUUACGGUCAGCAUGAACGACAACUUCUACCCCAGCGUGACCUGGGCAGUACCCAUCAGCAACAGCAACACACCGAUGCUGACCCACAUCACCAGAGACCAGAGUUUCAUCACCUGGCUGGUGGCGAUGAACUCCGUCACCAAGGAGCGUAUUGUGUUGCAGACGGUGCGGUGGCGGAUGCGGGUGGAUAUUGCUGUGGAGCCAGACAUGCCCCUGGGCUCCCGGGCUUCGCUGGUGGGGCGACCCUACCAGGAGCAACCGCACAUCCUCAACUACCAGGAGCCCAUUCCCCCCAACGCGCUAGGGAGGCCCAACGCCAACGACGCCCAAGUGCUAAUGUGGAGGCCACGGAGAGGGGCACCUCUUGUGGUCAUACCACCAAAAUAAGAGUCCCAAAAAAGUUGCACAAAAAAAAGGUAAAAUUGUUCUUUUUUUGCAGAACAGGGGUAAUUAGAGAGAGGAGAUCAAGUCAUGAAGCCUGAUGGUUCCUCUGCAGCUCCUGGCAUCUGGAAGUGGACCGUUAUAAUACACCAGAGUGGUAUCACAUCUCGGACAUGACACAGAACAACAAACUAGUGUCAAGGACCCGGAGAUGCAUCUAGACUUGUUUGACCCCCCCCCAACAAAUUUUGGACUGUGACAAAGAGUUCUGCCACUUUUUGCGGAGAAGGAACACUAUUUUUAGACGUACCGCAGAGGUAUUAGACCCCGACAAGAACUGCAUCCUGCAUCCCUUAAGUAGACCUUAUUGCAUGAGAGUGAGAGGGAGACAAAAAAAAAAAAAACGGUCCUUGAAGAGACGUUGAAGAAGUUUAAGAAUAGCAUUUGUUUUGUAUAACUUGAUACCUGAAGACAUUUUGAUUGAAAAGUCAGCCAAAAAAAAAAAAAAAAACUAACAAAAAACUACAGGCUGGUGAAACUUCGUCAGUGCCAACUAAGGCCUUCAGCACACUCAGUACCAGAGUUUAAGGAUGUAUUCAGAUCAUUUAAAAAGAGUAUUAUAUAAAUCUUUUUAGGUUAAGAACUCAUACAUCGACCCGAUUGUAUUAAGAGCACCCACUUGACAUAAAAGUCUGGAAGAAGAAAAAAAAACAACCUGUAGUUUUCACUGGAGUUUUGCUAAUACACCGAACUUAUGCACCAACAUAUUUUUCCAACUCACCCGCCUCUGUUGUGCAGCUGAUAUUCAGAUUGUUCACAUUCAGAUUGUUGGAUCCUUUGCUACAUUAAAUAAAUAACGUCA